GGGUAGUUUAAUUACCUGCAGCUGGUGUGGCUUUAUUUCCAGCAGCUUCGAGGCUUAGUCUGUUUCAAACUUGUCUAAGAAUGGCCCGUAACCUGCCACGGAUCGUGUUUUACUGGACCCUAGCUUUCUACUCCGUUUCCACUCUCACUGAAGACCGGCUGACCGACAGCCGAAGCUCCGGCGCUGCAAACCUCCAAACUCGGCUCAGGAUGCGCGGAGAAGUCCCCCAGCCUCGGUUGUCUGCGACGAUCCACCAGGAGAGCAGCGUGGAGCACGGCGGUCACACCCGAGCCGUCCUGGUAAAGUGCCAUCCGGAUUCAAUGGAGGUUGUGGUGCAGGCUGACCUGUUUGAGACGGGCCUGGAGGUAGACGGGGGUCACCUGAGACUGGGCUCGGACUCUCCAGGUCAGGGGACGCAGUGUGGUGCGUUCCAAUCAGGAGAAGGGGAGUUCACCAUCCUGGUCGGCCUGACAGAGUGUGGAACCAAACUCUCUUCAACAGAAGAGAAGAUUAUCUAUUCCAAUGUUCUGAUUCACUCACCUGAACUUUCACCUGCUGGGCUCUUUAGACUGGAUGAAGCUGCUAUUCCUGUUGAAUGCCAUUAUGAAAAGAGGUAUUCGGUGGAUGGCAUCUCUUUACUUCCUGCUUGGAUUCCUUACAUCACCACAGCCUCUGAGGAAAACCAAAUAGACUUCGAUAUACGAAUCAUGAAUGAUGACUGGCAGCAUGAAAGGGGAUCUCAUCUGUUCUUUCUGGGAGAUGUCAUCAACUUUGAAGUCUCUGUUGUUAACUCAAACCACAUACCCCUCAGAGUUUAUGUUGACCAUUGUGUUGCCACGGCAACUCCUGACAUGGAUGCAGAAUUGAGAUAUGACUUUAUAGAGCAUAAUGGAUGCCUCGCUGAUGCUUACCUGACAAACUCCAACUCGCUUUUCUUGCCACGAGUUGAGAACAAGCUGAGGUUCCAGCUGAAUGCCUUCCGGUUCUACCAAGAACCCAAUGACCAGGUCUUUAUAACCUGCUUUGUGAAAGCUGUUCCAGUUACGUCGGAAGUGAAUUCUCAAAACCGGGCCUGCUCUUUUAUCGGCCAAAGAUGGCUAUCAGUAGAUGGAAGCAACCAGGUUUGUAGAAGCUGCGACAUCUCCCAGCGGUUUGAAGAACCUCAAGCUACAGAACCACCAAAAGUUACCCAAACUUGGCCCACCAUGACUUCGCAAGGGAGUUUAGUCCCGAAUAAAGCUCAACAUCCUUUAGCCACUUACUUCCAUGUCCGCCCAGGGAGCAAAAAUAGCCAGUUUGGAAGACCUCAACAACCCUCUAAGUUGAGGAAAAGAAAAGCAGACAGCAAAGAACAGAAAACCGUCCUCCUGAGACCCCUUACUGUUCUGCCAUCCCGCAGCACAAAACGUUUGAAGCGUAAAGGCAUGCUUUCUCAGAAGACCUGGAACAUCUAAGACUCAACACCUUACUGCAGAGAGCUGAUUACAUGUUUUCACUGCUGUAAUUAAACAGGGUAAACAAGCCAAUAUAAAUGCUAAUUUGUUUCAUCACCAAAGCCUUGUAACUAGUCAGUUCUCACCUUUUUCAACAAGCUCUCAAAAAUGAGAAAUACAAUUUGUGUAGUUUGGAAUAGUGACGUCUGUACGGAUGUAGCAUUUUUCUCAAGUAAAUAUUUUACACUAUA